UAAUAAAGUUAUCAAUAUGCAAAAGCACUAUGUCUAGUAUAACUAAUACAAGUGAAUGGUCUUUAUCUUCAACACUACCACAUAUAAUUCAUGCACUGCCUUAUUCAGAUUCGGUCAGACAGAGCCAAAAGCGUCGGCAAAAACAAUUAGAUCAUAAAAAGUAUGCGGAUGAUAGUGAUGAAUCAGAAUAUGAAGACGAAUGUGAAGAGGAGCAUACAACUGACAUUAUACUGACAUUCGUAUUAGGAGUUGAUCCUGGAAGAUUAAUAAACAAAGAACCUGUAGUAAAUAGACCUAAAUCAUUUAACUCAAGUUCAUCAAGUUCAAAUAAAGUACAUACUAACUUUAUGUAUUUCCACUUGGAAUUUUCAAUAUUAAAUCAAGAGGACUAUAUUUUUUCUACUGAUGUGGUGAUAUUUUCAAAAUCUGUUGCUAAAAUAUAUCCAACUAAUUGUACAUCGAAAAUGACAACACCCUGUGAAUUCGAUGAGACUUUAUGGAUCACAUGGACUGAACAAAUACCAAUUGUAAUUACAGACGAGACAAUUAUAAACUUUUGGAAUUUAACACAAAAUGGUGGUAUUCGAGUUAAAUGCUGGGAUCAAAGAGAUAAAUGCUCUAUUCAAACAAGAUUUGACAGACCAAGAUCUAUAAGUGGUAAAAAUAAUAUGAAUAGUCAAGUAAACGACAAUUCAACAAAUAGUAUAGGACUAAAUGAUGUUCAGUCUACAAUAGAUGUACUAAAGACCUACUGUAGAGAUUCAUCUAACAUGAAAACGACAAGUUUCGAUGUUAAUCAUAUUCAUACAGAGCAUGAAGACACAUUAGAAGUAAAAAAAGAUACUAUGAAACAUAACAAUACAUCCCUAAGGAGUCUGAGCAGUGCACAUAUUUUAACGAAUGUUAAUCAGAGAUCAGUAAAAACUAGCAAAAUUGGAGAUUUUAUUGAUAACUGGGGUUCGUGUUGUUUAGUUCUACAAAGUGGACAUUUAUUCCGUUUGAAUCCACCGCAAUGGAUUGUAGCACGUAAACCAACAGUUUACAGUGUCCAUACAACUUCGAAACUACCUCCAUCGUCUUCGGUAAUUUUACAAAUAGACAACAGUUUUAAAGACAUAUUGAUUGGUAUGAAGCUGACUACCUCACUAAUGUCUUUAUAUCAGCGAAGAAAAUUUAGACCUAUCAUAUUAACUAUAGACAGACUGCAUAAUCUUCCUGUGAUAGCACACAAAAGUUAUGAAGAAAUGAGAGAAAUUUGUGAACCAGUAAGAUUGAUAACCAAAUUUUCAAAUGUCUGGAAUCAUCAGUCACGAGAAUAUUUUCAAGACAAAGAAGUAUACAUGGAUGAAGUACAAGUAAUUCUAACAAAUAAAGUUGAUUGCUCUCAACUGCGGGAACUGAUUCAGACUACACCUAUAAUCAUUGACUUAUAUGAUCGAGGACGUAAACCAGCUAAAAUGAACAAACCCAAAAGAAGCGAUAUAGGUGGUUUAUUUUGUACUGAACCAAAUGAUGAUAAAAUCGGUGAAGUUCAACCAAAUUUACGGACAAACACCUUUUCAGUAGAAGGUAUAGAUCAAAAAAAUGAUGAAACAAAUGAUGAAUCAAUAGCAUUUCCAACUGGAAGAAUCAACGUUGAUUUGAGCGAAAUGAUCUGGCUGAAAUGUGUCACCAUGAAACAAAAAUUACCGGUGUUACCAAUAAAUUCUAUACCUGGAAAUGUGAAGACUUUUGAACGAAUGGUUUUCAUUCUGGAGAAAGCUGGAAGCAAUAAACAAGAUGUACAAAUUUCUGAAGUAGUCAAAAAUAUCAAAUCAUUCGUUCUGAAAUCCAAUGCACAUCACCUAGGGAUAUCAGAUGACUUACCAGUGCACAUAAUACAAGCAAAUAUAAAUUCUAGGCAGUCACAAUAUAUUCCAUGCAUUCAUUCACGGCCUUCAAGUUCAACAUCUUUAUAUUCUACUAAAAUAAAUAGUGAACAGGAUCAUUAUUUGAUUGAUCAGUUAGUAACAGGGUUUCAUUUGAUUGACGAAGACUUCGAUUUAAUUGUCCUUGAAACAGCUGACAGCAAUAUAAGUAAGAAUUUAGAGGAAUUAUUUAAUAAGAGUUUGGAUACAUUCAGUAGCAAUUCAGUGUUUCAGUCUACUGAAGAAAAAAAUUGUGUAAAGUGUUUGAAAAACAGUGGUUUGUUAUUUACAGAACGUUUAUAUGCACCACUGAACUGGUGUCUGCAAGAAAAUAUUAUGGCAGUUCCAAUGAGACAAAUAACUGGAAAUUCAAUACUGCAUAUAAGGGAUCUGCUACCCCGUUUAGCCUAUUGCGCCAUCAAUCGAAUUACAAGUUUAAGACUACACUGUCAAACUUUGUCAAGUAGUUUUCGAGCAAAUUUAUUCCCAACCUGUGAAAUGAUGAAAGCAUUAUUCAAAGAGUUUUGUGUAUCAUCACUUUUAACUAAUUUGAAAUCAUCUCCAAGGAGUUUAUCUGUCAAAUCAAUGCAAUCAUCUCUGACAAAAAUCGAUACUGAUCAAGUUAGCCAGUAUAAUUCCACUGAUAAGAAUGAAGGUAAUAUUCCAACGAAGGAUUUAAGCAAAAAUAAAAGAAGGUACUUGUCAAAAAGCUGUUCAACAAUGGGUAGAUCUUCAAAAAGACCACUUUCAAAAGACAGAAGUUUUUACAAUUCGUUUAUAUUUGAUGAGCACUACAACGACAACAAAAAUAUCAUUUAUAAUUACAGUAUUCAAUUUCUUAAUUCGUCGGUAAUUUCCAAAAAUGAACUGUAUCAUGAAAUUCUAUCUAAGAAAGAAAAGUACGCUUAUUGUAAUGAUUAUUUGCAUUCAGGAAGCUUCGAAGUAACCCAAGAAGAUUGUUAUAACAAUAAAGCAAUCAACAGAAAAUUAGCUUUGAGCGCUAAAUCCUUUUUCAAAUCAAGUUCACGAAAUAGUUCCAAGUGCAAAAAAGUGAGAAGGUGGAAUAAAUCAACAAAUCUUUUGUGCGAAAAUUCACCAUACAUCUCAUUCAAAGCAAAACUUUGUCGAGACAUCAGUGAGAGUCAAAAGUCUGUUUGAAAUAAAAUAUUAAGAUUAUUUUCACUUUCACUGUUGUUGUUUGUAUUUUUAAUAUA